AUGGUGCUCUUCUCAUUGCCACCAGUAUCGGUCAAUGACAACAACGAUAGUUAUGCUAAAAUGAUGCAAUAUUUAUCAACUUUAUUAUUUGGUUUCCAUGCCUAUCCAAUAACUAUCACAACACCAGAGGAAUAUAAUUUUAUUCAAACUACAUUUGGUUCGGUGAUUGGUGGACUUCCUGCCAAUUCCAGAGUGUAUGUAGGUGGUACCAAGUUGGACGUAAACUCCGAUGAGUGGAUCUAUAGCAAUGGAACGGCCGAGUAUGGUAUGCCUUUCUACCAGCAGUCUGUCGGUCGUUGUUAUACCGUUUGUCCGUGGUUGCCAGGCCAGCCAUCGGUCGCACCAAACCAACAGUAUCUCUCGCUGAAGAACUACCAACAGGGCAGUAGCAAGCUGUAUUUGCAAACCACCGAUUGGGUCACAUCGCUCACGACCAACCUGCAAUAUGUAUUGGUGGAACUACGUGGAACCAAGGAUCCAGUCAUGACUAUACCACCACCAACCUCGGGUGGUGUCAUAUACCUCAAGAAUUUCGUUAUGGACGACGGCAACUUUAAUUGGAACAUGAGUACACUGAAAAUCACUAUCAUUCCAUCCGAUGGAACCAAUGCAUACUAUCCAACCAUUACAUUGGAUUCACCAACAUCCGUACACUUUACAAUAAAUCCGGGUGUAGAUGCCUACGGUAUGAUAAUAGGUGAUGAUAAAAAAACUGUACCAACAAUGACCUAUAGAUAUCAAUUACCAUAUAUUUCAACUUUAUACGCAAAUACUUUAACAACUGGUAGUUUAAUUACUUUGACUGGAACCAACUUUGGUACAAAUUACACUUUAUCGAAAAUCAGUGUAAAGUAUGGAUCUACACAGACUGUUUGUUCUAAUCCAAUAAUAGUUGUCAAUCAAACUGUUCUCACAUGUAAAUUGACAACAACCGUAUCUAGCACUGCACCAUUAUACCCAAUUUCACUAUCUAUUGGUACAAAUAGUUUUGUUUAUACAAGUAAUAGAAUUCCUUUCUAUGAUCCAAACACUGUAAAAGUAAUAAAAAUAGGAGAUUCAGCAGGUAACUAUACAACUGUUCGUAAUGUUAUUUUGGGUACAAACAACAGUGUCGCCAUUGAAUCGAAUCCAAUCACUCAGGGUGUAAUAACAAGUGCACCACAAUCAAGUUUUAUCAAUUCAAUCUAUAAUUGGGGAAGCAAUCAGGUUCACCAAGCAUUGGAGUCGUCGAGCAACGGUAUCGUGGCAACCAGUGGACAGCUCAGUGGAACUGUAGUGAUGCCAAACUUUGUUUGUUCGGCGACACUUGUUUUCUGUGGAUCAAACAGCCCGGUCACCAGUGCAACCAAAACUGUUGGUUAUAUUCCAUCGCGUCUCGUUGACACCACCUCCACCAACGCUUGUGAAUUAUCAAUGUUUGGACAGACACCAACCUCUCAAAACCUAGGUGUAAUUUCCUCGAGCGUGCCAACCACAGGAACAACUCUCACUCUCCCUCUAUCCUACAGUGGAUUCCUCUUUACCAAACGAACAUACAAGCUUUCCAACUAUCCAAACUCAGUAUUCACCGAUAUCAUUUUAAACACAAACACACAACAAGUUCAAGUUAAAAUCCCGGCUGGCGUUGGAAAAGAUAUUGUUUUCACAUUGUAUCUCGAGGAUGUUGUCGCUCUGACUGGAACAUUCUCAUAUGUACCACCAGUUUUGUCAACGGUGUCAUCCGGUAGCAUCUUUGGUGAUGUAGUUACAGUGGUUGGUUCAAACUUUGGUGUGGAUUCAUCACUUCUCUCAGGACAAUUCGUUGGUGAAUCCACUGCCUUCAGUAAUUUCCAAUUGGCUGACCAGACCAAAUUCACAUGUACCAUACCAUCGGGUGUAGGAGCAUCAGGCCAAAUAUCAAUCACAGUUGGAAAUCAAAUAGCAACAAACAACCUACCAUACAAGUAUCUAUCGCCAAUUAUCUCGAAUAUCGCUCAAUUCGGAACAGUUUUCCAAUUGACUGGUACCAAUCUUGGUUUGCCAAGUCAACUGCCCACUUUGACACAAUCUGGAACCGUUUUAAAUGCCACCGGAAAUGCACAACAAAAUACACUAUUCAUUAGUUUACCGAGCCAUACCAAGCGUGGACCAAUCGCUUUGAAUUUGGCAGGACAACAAACUACUUUUAGCUUUGAUCCUCUGCCAGUUGUCAGCCAGAUAACUCCUACACCUUCCGCUUCAUCUACCACCACCAUUACAAUCUCUGGUGCCUAUCUUGACCUGACAAAUCAACAGGGUGACGCACUACCAGUCUCAAUCACCAUCGGCGGACAAACUUGCUCGAACCCAAGUAACAACGGUGUCGAUUUGUUUUGUAAUGCUCCUGCCAAUGUCGGUAUCCAAACGAUAUCGAUAUCGAUCAAUAAUCGUGUAAGCCAAGCAGAGAUUACCUAUGAAGCACCUGUUUUACAAUCGAUUCUACAAAACGAUGAUAAACUACAAGUGGUAGCAACAAACGUUGGUUCAGUAGCUUCCGCUAUCAAUAUUACCAUCUCUGGUGUUUCAUUCGCAGCUUCUUCAAUCGCCAACGGUGUUGUCUACUUCAAUUCCAUGCCAAACGGCUUGUUUUCAUCAUUGGUCACCAUCUCUGUAUUUAGAUUACAAUCGAAUAGUAUUCCAUUUUCAAUUAGUCCAGUUGUUAAGAGUGUUAGUUCAGCACCAACCGUCGGUGGACAAGUGACUGUUUCAGGACAAUUCUUUAACGACAGAGAUUUCAGUAGCAAUCCACAGGUUCUCAGUGUAAAUAUUAAUGGUGCAUGUGAUAGUCCUCAGAUUGUAGCGAAUUCAGCCAAUACCAAGUUGACAUGUAAAGUAGGUGCCGGUACCGGUACAGGUUAUAAAGUCACUGUUGUCUCUGGAACCACGUCAAGUACUAGCAGUGUUAUAUACUCUUAUCAGGCACCAAACAUUACAUCUAUAGUUCAUCAAAAUUCAGUUGUAACAAUCAUGGCAAACAAUCUAGGUUUAGAUGCAUCUGUCAUUACAACUCAAAUCGGUGGACAAACUCUAACUGCAACUGGGUUUGUAUCUGGAAACACUGGAGUAACAUUUACUAUUCCAGCGCAAUCUCAAAACUGUGAUAUUAAACUAUCGGUAAAUAGCGUCAGUUCAUCACCAUUCCCAUUGAGAUUGACACCAGCAAUCACAAGUGUUACAUCCGCUCCAACCAUCGGUGGAAGAACAACAAUCUACGGUCAAUUCCUCUCAAUCGAUCGUUGUGAUAACUCACAGUCCACAAUUGUUAUUAAAAUCGAUCAAACCACUUGUUCCAACCCAUCGUCGAAUGGAACCGCAAUCACUUGUACUGCUGUUCCGGGUACUGGAAAUAACCAUCAACUUGUAGUUACUAUAGAUGGUGUCAAUUCACAACCAACUGCAUUUGAAUACCUACCACCUUCCAUUGCACAAUUCACUCAGCAAUCUGCCAAUUGUUUGGUCGAUGGUCAGAAUCUUGGAGAUGAUCCAUCUAAAGUAACAGUAUACUUUGGUGAUCUCCCGAUCAACAUCAAGUCAUUCUCCAAUCCAUCACAGUUUGUCACACAAAUUCCACCUCUAGCUUUGAAUGGUGAUCUCAGUGUUGUCAUCGAUAAUCAACGUUCCAACAGUAUUCCAUACAAGUUGUUACCAAUUCUCUUGUCUGUCACCAGUCCAGAGAAUAACGGUGGUCAAAUAACUAUCACCGGUCUCUUUUUGAAUGAUAAGCGACAAGACGGCAGUCCCACAGGUAUUGCCAUCUCGGUUUCAACCAUUGGUGCUUGUACAAACAUUGUAAAACUACCGAAUGGCAAUAAGAAUUCCUAUUUGCAGUGUAAUUUGCCAAGUGGACAAGGUUCCAAUUUAACUUUGACUGUGACCAUCGACGGUUUGAAUCAAACCAUGCCGUUCAGCUUCAAUGCUCCCAAACUGUAUCAAGUCGAUGUCAGUCCAAACAAUUUGGUUACUAUCACCGGUGAUGGUCUCGGUGUAGAUUCAGACUCUACCGUCGUCAUGGUAAACAGUGUCGACUACCCACCAAAUAGUGUUUCAGCCAAAAGAGUAAUAUUCCAAGCUGCACCAGAAGUCGUCAAUGGAUUCGUUCAAAUCAAAGCACUGGGAAUGUUGUCAAACAUGCUCUGGUUCAGAGUCUCGCCAAAGAUUCAAUCGAUCACAAAAUCGAAAACAGAAGGAUCGCCAGUAACCAUUCUCGGAUCGAAUUUGGGUCUCUAUGAUGCUCUCCUGCGUGAAAACAUCUACCAAAUAUGGCAAGAUUCAAACACACUCUCUCCCGAUAAAAUCAAAUCCAACGCAACUGCCUUGAUUGUCACAACACUACCUGGAACAGGAGUUGGAUUCAAUGUUGAUCUAUCGAUCGAAGGUUUUGCAACCUCUGGAGCUUACUCUUAUCUACCACCUUCCAUCACCAAUAUCACUGCAUUCGGUUCGAGUAUUGUUGCUUUUGGUGAUAACUUUGGUGUUUGGUCAGAGCAAGUCACUCCAUUCCAACCAUCUACAUUGGUAAAUGUCACUCACCAUCGUGCACAAUUUACAAUUCCGCCUACCUUUAGAAAACAAAUGGUAUCGAUUAUUGUAAACGGCCAGACAUCUAACCAAAUAGAAUUGAUUCCACAGCCAAUUUUGAGCUCAACUACUAUGCUACCGAUUCAAGGUGGUUUGAUUACUCUGUUUGGAAACUACUUGAAUGGACAGAGUGAAAAUGGAACAUCUACUGAUGUUGUCAUUUCAGUUGGUCAACAACCAUGUGUUUUUGUCAAAUCCAACCAGGAAGGUACUCAAUUGAUUUGUAAUUUACUUACGGAUUUCUCUCAGGUCGACAAUGCGACAUUGUCAGUCAGUAUCGACGGUGUCCAAUCGCUCAACACUCUCAACUAUACAUCCUUCCCACCUGCACUACUCUCUUGUAGUGCGUUGUACUUUAAUAAAUCCGGACUGGUUACAGUGAGCGGUGACCAUUUCGCAGGAACCGACUACCAAGUGGAAAUUGCUGGACAAACCUGUGAGAAUGCAACUAAAAUGGAUAACCAAACAAUUACCUGUGAGUUUUCCGCCGACAUUCUCUCGCCAAACCCAUCGAUUGGAUUAAAUGUAACCGUUUGGAAUAAUCAAUCCAGAUUCUCUGCUGAUCUAUUUAUCUACCUCUCCAAUCAUUGCGAUGGUAUCUGCAUCUAUGGUAACUGCUUCCAAGGUUAUUGUAUUUGUAACGAAGGUUACGGUGGACAACUCUGCACUAUUCCUGUCAAUACUACCUUGCCACUGCCAACUGUUACCAGCACCUCCAAAACCUCAACCACUCUCUUUAACAAUUCCGCUGAAUUUACCACUGAAAUUAUUGCUCUUCGUGAAAUCGAUGGCGCUGGAUCCAUUAUCAAAUCAAUUGAUAUGUCCAACUCGAAAUGGAGUCAACUCACUGUCGAUACCGAAGGUAAUAUCUCGACCGUUGUCAAUAGAGCAUCGUUUGACGACUCUCAGCUAUUCGUUGAUGUUACCACUCAGUACUACUCGACAAACUCAAACAACAUCUAUUUGUCAGAGUUUGUUUAUGUUCCAGCUGGCUCACUCAAACAAUCGGUGACUAUCAACAGCUACCAAUUUGCCAAUCGCUCCAACAGUCUGCAAGUCAUCUACAGAAUAGGCGGACCAUCCACCUUCCAAUAUAACUGUCAAGACAGCAACGCCAGCAUAGUAGUUGGAAAAGUUCAUACGAUGGUACCAUCGUUCGUUGUUGACACACCGGUCGGUGUUUUGGUUGGCCAAUUCCCAUCGCGUACCAAAGUAGAUACCUCAGUUGGCAAACUCACAAUUCACCCAACAGAGAGCAGCGAUCCACUCAAUGCCAACAGAAACAAUAUAAUUAUCUACACUAUCACCAUACCAAAUUUUGAGGAUCGAGCAGAAUUCGACCCAAUUUUUACCACUUACAACAAACCAAAUCUAAUUAUCUCCCCUGAUUGUACAACAAAACCAACAACUUCACCAACUACCGGUGUUAUUUCAGAAUCAUACAAACUCAUCCCAUUGAAUUUAUUAUCAACAAUAUUCUUCCUAUUAAUCACAUAUUUAUUAAAUUAA